CACUGAAAGGUGGCACUGACUGGCAUUGAUAGGUGGCACUGACUGGCACUGAUAGGUGACACUGAAAGGCAGCUCAGAUGAGCACUGAUAAGUGGCAUUGAUGUGCACUGGUAGGCACUGAUAUGUGGCAUUGAUGAUGUGGCACUGAUGGGCACUGGCAGGUGGCACUGAUGAGCACUGACAGCUGGCAUUGAUGGACACUGACAGGUGGCACUGCUGGGGCUACACUGAUCAUCAGGGCACACUGAUCAUCACUGUCAGCGUGACAGCUCGUGAAGAGAGAAAUGCUGAUAACCAGCAUUUCCCUAUUUACAUGAGAUCAGCUGUGAUUGGACACAGC